AUGGCGAACAAGAGUCAGGACGCUGCCCCGGUGCGAGAGAGGGUGAGUUGUGAUGCUGCCAUGGAGCCGUCGAGAUUCUCUCACGUCAGGAGGCUCGACAUGGAGGCUGACAGCUGCAACCAGCCACACCAAGGGAAUGGAGGAGAGAGACAAGUAGCGGAUGAUGAUGAACAGACACAAGCGAUUGAUGAUGAAGAGACACAAGCGAUUUAUGAUGGAGAGAUACAAGCGAUUUAUGAUGGAGAGACGCAAGCGAUUUAUGAUGGAGAGACGCAAGCGAUUUAUGAUGGAGAGACGCAAGCGAUUUAUGAUGGAGAGACGCAAGUAGUCGAUGAUUGGCAAACCCAAGGAGCUGAUGAGCGAAAGACGCAAGAAGCCGAUGAUUGGGAGAUGCAGAAGGGAGACACCAAUGCUCGUCCAGGUGACACUGGUAAAGCUCAAGAUGAUCGCCCAUCCUCGCCCGUCAAGCUUGAGACGCCUGAUCAAGAUGGAAACCCCUCCAUGUCACUCACAGGCAGACGUCAGAUGGCCAGGUCACGGACCACCAGCUUGUCAGGCGAAGCCGAAGAUGUAGGGGAGGGGCGCGGCGAAGGCGUGAAGGUGCUGGAGAGGCUGGAAGCACUCAAGGCAGAGAUCCAGAAGCUGCUCUUGACUCCCGUCAUGCAAGUGCCGAGUAGGACCGACGAAUGCGUGAGGCUGCUGGAGGAAUGCAAGGCAUCCGCAGCGUCGAUGGGAGAGAAGCUCAAGACCAUGGCAGAUCAGCUCAAGAAGGUGAAGGUGAACGUGGAAAGAAAAUCAGUGAAGAGAAAACAUGAGGGAGAACAGAACACUCCCGUCCACUGCACUGGGAAGGACCUCAGAACCCAGCUACGAGCGUCUCAGACAAGUUCGAAAGGGUUCUUGACCCAGCUUGAAGAAGAGAGGAGGAAGGGAAAGCGGCAAAAGUCCAAAGGAGGAGAACUACACGUCCAACAGCCAGCGUUCACUGGAGGUAGUCAUGAGAAAAUAUGCAGAAUAUCUUGA